AUGUGUGUUUUAGUUAGUAUAGUGUACUGCUUCUGCCCAUUGAUAUUGGCCUUGAUUAGUCCUUGUGCGAAGUGGAACACAUCAGGAAUCACAUUAGUCGGUGAGAGAGAAGGAGGCAUAUCUGGAGGAUCGGAUGAUUCACUUUUUUAUCCCAAUAGUAUUUUUUUCCACAAAAACUCAAACACAUUAUACGUGGCUGAUGUUGGAGGUACUCUGGCAUUUCCACUAAAUGGCUCAACAACGGCCGGAAUCAAUGUAGCAAAUUACUCAGGUAUAGCAGUAAUUUACGUGGACGAUGAUGAAGAUGGUCCAAUACUAUAUGCCGCAGUGAAUGAUAUUCAUGUUUGUCGUAUUGAAAAGUGGAAGUAUGGCGCAUCAAAUGGAAUACAAGUAGGAUAUGAACUACGAUAUUGUACAGGUAUUUGGGUCGAUCAAGAGAAAAAUAUCUACGUAUCAGAUUUUUUUCGACACCGUGUGAUUAAAUGGUCAGUUGAAACAAAUACCACGACUAUUGUGGCCGGUCGAACGGACGAAAGUGGCUCAACAGCCAAGCAUCUCGCAUACCCCUCUGAUAUUCAUGUUGAUAGAACAGGAAACGCAGUCUAUGUAGCUGACAGAGGCAAUAGCCGAAUUCAACGAUGGACGAAAGGUGCUCAAGAAGGAGUUACGGUCGCUGGCUCAAGUACCAAUAUUGGAAAUAAUGAUAAUACAUGGAUUACUCCGAAUGCAAUAUGGUUUGAUGAUGAAACUAGUGUUAUAUAUAUCGCUGAUGGAACUUACAGUCGGAUACAACGAUGGAUCUCUAACACAUCUAUUGGACAUACUAUUGCUAGUGGAUUCGGUAUGUACAUACAAAUAUUUAUCUCGACAAAACAAACAUUAGUUUUAGUAGUUUUCAAUUAUAUUGAGCUAUCUAUGCUAUUAUACUAACAGAAAACACAAUGAAUAGUUAAGACUAAGGAUGGAGAAAUGAUAAAAACUUCAUAAAUAUGAUUUCAGUUUGGCAUAUUCUGUUUGAUUUGAAGAGUUUUUUCGUUUAUUAAUUAUAAUGUUCAUCAACAGGUCUAGGAAAUGCAACUAAUCAGUUCUUCAAUCCACAAGAUAUUGCAUUCGACAACCAGGAUAAUCUAUAUGUAUGUGAUUCGAUGAACAAACGAAUUCAAAUGUUUAUUCUGAUUGACAAUGAAGUAUGCCCUCCAAUAUCGACAGGUAAUGCUUCGUGGUCCUGCUUGAAUUAUUUAACUAUUUUACUACUGUUUAUUCUUCAUUCUCCUCAAUCGGAAGUUCAUCAACCCAUAUGUAAGUAGUUACUUGUACUACACAGAUAUACAACUAGAAAAUCUAUGUCAUAGGAUGAUAUCCAUUGUGACAACAUCUAUGAUUGCACAACGGAUCAUUGUUAAAUGGAUUCAAUGCCACUGAUUUGCUGAUUAUUAAUUGAUUAAAAUAAAAGUUGAUAAAUAAAUUUCUAAUUUAAAAUAUAUUAUUUACAUUGUAGUAUCGUAAUCGUUAGUGUCUUCAUCAGAAGAGGUGUGGGUGUGGAGUGUACGUGUAAGUAGUAGAUGUGAAUGGGAAUAUAGGAUAAAAAACAUUGCACAUCCGUCCAACCUGAACAUCUACACCAUACACAACAAACGGCCUUUGUUAUCUUGAAAGCGAUAAACUUAAUAAAAGAGUAUUAUUUAUGCUUUCACUGACUACAGUAAGAUUUAUUUCUAUCUUACACUUUACGACCACGCCGCGUUGUAGGUUACAUGAAUUUCCAUCAAGCCUGAAUUCUCCUAGGACUUUCAGCCUGAGACCUAAUUGAUCCCUAAAAUAAAAGAUUUAAUUUAUUGUAGUUAGUUAAUGAAUGUUGUAGUACCAAGCAGGAUGUCACAAUGGAUUUGGAUGUCAGUAAAAAGAAGAUUCUAACAUUUCCUUGACUUCAUAUUAAUCGACAUCGUCAUGUAAACGCAAUGAAUAGACAUUGCUAGAGAAUGUGUUUUGGUCUGUAUGAAACGUAUGUAUAAGUUUUGAACUUAAAUACUUCAAUAUUCCUUUCAGAUUCUUGUUCACAAAGCAAAAAUGAUUGCUUCUUUGAAGAAGAAAAAUGUUUUACAUAAAGUAUAAUGACGUAUUAUAUUGAAAAACCCAUGUGUAACAGUCAUCUUUCUAAUUUAGCGUGCGAUGGAUCUUUCAAUCUUUGAACUAUAUAGACAAUUAGUACUAUUCAUAUUGGUUUGAUAUAAGUUUAUUCAUAAAAAGUGUUUCUCUAUAUUUAUAAUAUUUGAAAAAAAUUAUCUAUACUUGUUGAAAACUCUGCUGCCUCGAAUUGGUGUAUUGCAGAAUUGUCAGACUUCGUAACAUUUUAAAAAUUCAUAUAGAACUUUCGAAAUAUUUUGGAUGAUGCAACAGAUUUGCAUUCUCUACAAAUGUAUUCGAGUUUUGUUCUUUCCAAUUAUUCUAACUAGAAACUGUUUUUAAGCCAAAUUUGGUCGUUCUCUUUAGUAUUUUCAUUGAUAAAACUAGUCAUGUUGACAACAUUCUUUUUGAAUAAUGUUUGAAAGAAGGUAGGAGGCAAUGGUAUCUAACUAUCCCAAAAAACAGAAAUUCAUAUGCUGACUAUACUUUUGCAGUUGCUUUUUCUUUGUAAAAAGAAAACUCAGUCCCUUAGAUCUUCUAAAGAAAUCUUCUGAUUUCAGACUUCAGAAAGUAAAACACAAUUAGUUCCUUUAAAUAACAAUAUCAAUGAAAUAUCUCAGCUGUUAGUAAGAGAAGAAAGUAAAUAUUGCUGACGUAAAAGAGCAAUCACAUACGAAAGACGGUCUUCGAACCUCUUAUAAGAUAAGAUAAAGGUAAGCUUCUUUCGAUUAUGUUGUAAAAACGAGACAAAAAUUUUUCAAAAUGAAAUGAUUAUUGUUCCGUUUUCACUCCAGAAUUAUUGAUUAAAUCACAGCAUCCUAUUUCUAGCAUUACCCAACAGUAAUUUUCGCUUCAUUUUUUGUGGAGAGAAACAUGAGAAGACAAUACUUUUUUGCUAUCUAUUUUUCGUAAAAACUGAAUGAACUUUGUCCAUCCUAGCGAAAAAUCUUCGCGCUGCUACUAAUAUCGAGCUUCUAAACGAACAUCAAUAGUAGGGUUUUCGAACAAUCAGGAAAUUCAGCUAUACUAAUAUUGAUCUGUCUAUUUUUUUUAAUCAAUGAUUAUUCAAUAAAAGAGGAUGUAUGCUUGUUUGCUAUACAGAUGUCUGAUCAAGCUCAAUAUGCGCCUAUGACAUUUAGAUUUGUUAAUCAUUAUAAAUUUCAUAAUAGCUUUGUUUUAAAUUUAAAUAUGACUUCGUAGAUGACGAUGUAAGUAUAAUAUGCAUACUCACUCUCGGUGGAUGUGAGUAUGAAUGUUCUUUUCAUCCACACCCACACUCACUAGUGGCGUAACCAGAGGGGGCUGAGCUCUCCUACGAAAAUUUCUAUUUUCAAAUUUAUUAACUUAGAUUUUGAUCGCCUUACAAUAAUUACAUUUGUUCUUAUGCUCGAUUUAUUUUGUUUUCAUAAUAAAGGAUUAACUAUUUGAACUUCUAUAUUGUCUUCAUGCAUUGUUCCAGUAGAAUUCAAUUUACCUUGUUAUACUUGAACCCUUUCCAGCCGGCUAUCAGAAGAUAGCAAGCAAAAAAUUCUCCGUCUAUAUAUUCUUUGUCUUUUAGGUCUGAAGGUUGCCGAAUUCCAUCUUGGAGUUUAAAUAACUG